AUGUUUAACAGGAGCCCGAAACCAGAGAAUGAUUCAUCAAGAAGCUUCAAGGAAAGAGAUGAAAAAGAGUGUGAUUCGCCACCUCAGAAUGUCCGGGCUGUGAAUAAAAGAGAGAUUGGUGUGAAGCUGGUAAUGGAGGUGGAUAAGGACAACCUUGUGUCACAGGGUCAGGACCCGCGGGUCAAAUUUGAAGAAAGCCCGGAAAGAAGUGAUGAAGAAAGCCCAGGGAAGACGGGAGUCAGAGAUACGGUUAAAGGUAUUCUGAAAAGUACUGGGCAUUCGGCCCGUGGUAUGAUGCACGCGCUUUCUCGUAAAGGGUCCAAUAAAAGUAGAGACUCGGAUUCUAAUGGUGAGUUUGGACCGAUCUUGUCACCUGGGUGUGGACCCGAAGGUGAACUGAGCUCAGAUGGUCCUGAUCAAGCGGCUAGCCCAACCGGUCAAAUGGGCUCGAGCCCUUUGAGCUCAACUGGUCAGAUGGGCUCAAGCCCUUUGAGCCCAACUGUUCAGUUGCGUUCGAGCCCUUUGAGCCCAACCGGUCAGAUGGAGUCGAACCCUUUGACCCCGACUGGUCAGAUGGGGUCAAGCCCUUUGAGCCCGACUGGUCAAGUCAAUGCAGGUGAGCCGGAUAUGCUUAUGAUGGACACUGUGGAUGUAAAUGGGACAAAUAAAGGCGAUGAGGAAAUGCCUCCAGAACCACAAGUAAUAUCUUCUUCACUUAAUUAA